AUGCCGGAAAAAUGCUCAAGUUGUUCAGUAAAUAUUCAUAAAAAAUGCCGACCUGAGGAUCAGGAUCAUCCAAAGUGUCUUUUUUGCAAAGACAGUUUAGGAGAAACUAAGCACAUUGAAGUUGAGGUUCAAGACAGCCCAGGAGAAAGCACACAACAGAUACAGAACAAGACUGAGGGCUUAGGUGAAAACAACACUGGAAUUGAGGAACAAGAAGGCUGUGGUAACCAAAAUCCAGGAGUUGAGGGAGAACACAGCCAAGAAGAUCAGUCAGGGGGGUUCCUGGUGGAAAGUCUCUUAAAAGUUUCAGACUUUCAUCAAACAAAGAGAUACCUGGUGACUUCGGAGGAGCUACAAAGGAGGUGCUCCCUACCAGAAAGCUACUCUGCAAAUACAGUAGUGGCCUAUGUAAGGAAAGCCAAAGGACAAAAAAAGAAAAUUACUGAGAGAUUAGCAGAGCUCAACGUGACGCCAUCAAAGCGCACAAAGCUUACUUCACAGUGCUCCAAACUUUGUGAAGAUGAAUGCAGUGAUCUGGCUGGUGACAUAAUGUACCUAGCAGCCAAGUUCAUCCCCCAGAAAAAUGUUGCUCAAGCAUUGCUGGAAGAAGGGAAUGUCCAUGCAGCCUUGGCCAGAACAGAAGACUGCAGGAAGACCUUGAAAACUGUGAAGAAUGCUUUAGAGGCUCAUUGGGAAAAUUUUGACCUUGCAACACAUGGACUUGGGCCUGCUGUUAUAAAUGGCACUUUUUCCUUAAUUGAUGCAUGUCUUAAAGAGAAAAUGAAAGCACUGAAAUCAAAAAACUUCACAGAUCAGUAAGGAACCACUGAAUACCAAUAAAAUGACUGGAAAAACCUGAUGGACACAUUAAGGAGGAACUGGGAGACAUUUGGCCAGGCAACCCAUGGCCUUGGACAGGACACAUUUAAUUUAAUUGACUCAUGUCUAACAGAAAAAGAACUAAAAAAAUAAAAUAAGCACUUCAAAAACUGGAAGAAAAUCUACUAGUUAAAGUACAGGAGUGUAAUGUUGCAUUUUUGCUGUGCUAUUUUGUGAUUAUGUUGCCAUUUUAGAUGCACUAUUUUUUUUUUUUUUUUUUUUUUUUUUACAUGUUUUGCAAAAGGAAAGUAGUCAUAAUUUUGUUUUAUUGGAAUGUUAAUGUGUUCAAUAA